CACUCUCGUUUCUCUCUGUAGCGGAAGUGGCUCGCCGGAGAGUUUCGCCUGGCUGACAGCAGAGGGAGAGAGAGAGAAAGAGAAAUGGCGCCUCGGCACUCUGCUAGCUGAGACACAGUCAGAACGAAAGCAGCUGACAAGAGCUACAGGACAGGAUCUGUCUAUCAGCGGGGACAGACAGCAAUCAUGGUGAACACCAGAAAGAGCUCGGAGCACAAGCCCAUCAGUCCCUUCAUCUCGGGCCGGACGAGGUCGUCUCAGAGGAGCAACCCAAACUUGGACGAGCACAACAGCCGUGUAAGGAAGAGAGAGACACCGGCACCCUAUUCUCUUCGCCAGCCGAAGGAGCCCAGCAGUGAUGUUAACAGCAGUAGCCCACGUUUGUCCCCGCCACCCAAGCGGACACGCAGACAGACGCCGCCAAGUUCUACUGAUACUUCUCCAAGUCCCCAGACUAAAGGCCAGAGAGGCCCGUGGACCAUGUCCAAACACUGUACUAGGUUGUCCACUGGUGCCUUGCAGAAUGGACACAGUCGAAUGAGUCUGAGGGGUGAUUCUACAUCAGAUGGAGACCAUGGUCGCAUGAACGGUCAUGUUGAGCUCAAGAGAAGUCGUCGCGUCAGGAAGUCCCAGUUCGAACACCUCAAUCAGAGUUUACUUUUCGACCAACUUGUCAACAGUACGGCAGAAGCAGUUCUUCAGGAGAUGGACAACAUCAGCAGCAUACGACAGAAUCGGGAAGUGGAGCGCCUCCGCAUGUGGACGGAUACUGAACUGGAAAACAUGGACAUGUACUCCCGCGUGAAGAGGAGGAAAUCUUUGCGUAGGAACACGUAUGGAAUGCAGGCGCAUCACAAAGUCAUGAGCAAGUCAAAGGACCCCGAAGAGGAGGAAGGAACUGAAGAGUCUCAUGAAGAGGGAGAGGAGGAUGAAGAUGUGGAGGCUGAUGAUGAUGAUGAAGAUGAUGAAGGAGAUGAGGCAGAAGAGGCAGGAGAGGAAAACGACAGACCUUAUAACCUCAGGCAGCGUAAAACUGUGCAGCGAUAUGAAGCACCCCCAAUAGAGCCAGUGAACAGGAAGCAGAGCAAGGGCUCUCUGUUCGACACACACAGAUCUCCUGCAAGAAGAAGCCAUAUUAGAGUAAAGAAACAUGCCAUUCACAGUAGUGAAUCAACAUCAUCAUCCGAUGAAGAGCGCUUUGAGAGGCGGAAAAGCAAAAGCAUGAGCCGAGCUCGUAACAGGUGUCUACCCAUGAACCUGCGGGCAGAGGAUCUGGCCAGUGGUGUGCUUCGAGACAGAGUAAAAGUGGGUGCUAGUUUGGCAGAUGUGGAUCCCAUGAAUCUGGACACUUCUGUGAAGUUUGACAGUGUUGGAGGUCUCUCCCAUCACAUUCAGUCUUUAAAAGAGAUGGUCGUCUUUCCUUUAUUAUAUCCAGAAGUGUUUGAGAAGUUUAAGAUCCAGCCCCCAAGAGGAUGUCUGUUUUAUGGGCCUCCAGGAACUGGGAAGACGCUGGUGGCACGAGCUUUGGCCAAUGAAUGCAGUCAGGGUGACAGGAAGGUGUCUUUUUUCAUGCGCAAGGGCGCUGACUGCCUCAGCAAAUGGGUGGGAGAGUCUGAACGACAGCUCCGCCUUCUUUUUGACCAGGCAUACCUCAUGAGACCCUCCAUCAUCUUUUUCGAUGAGAUUGAUGGCCUCGCUCCUGUUCGCUCCAGCAGGCAGGAUCAAAUUCACAGCUCCAUAGUGUCUACAUUACUGGCAUUGAUGGAUGGUUUGGACAGCCGGGGGGAGAUAGUGGUCAUCGGUGCUACAAAUAGACUCGACUCUAUCGACCCCGCACUCAGGAGGCCCGGACGCUUUGACCGGGAGUUUCUGUUCAACCUGCCAGAUAAAAAGGCUCGAAAGCACAUUCUAGAAAUCCACACCAGGGACUGGAGCCCCAAGCUAGCUGAGCCCUUCAUAGAUGAGCUAGCUGAGAAAUGUGUCGGUUACUGUGGGGCCGACGUCAAAGCACUUUGCACAGAGGCUGCGCUAGCGGCUCUGCGGCGGCGCUAUCCUCAGAUCUACGGCAGCAGCCAGCGUUAUCAGCUGGACGUGGGCUCCAUCGUUUUGGGGCCGCAGGACUUUGGUCGUGCUCUGCGGUCCAUAGUACCUGCGGGUCAAAGGACCCUGGCUCCACCCGGCUAUGCCCUUUCCUGCGUGUUGAAGCCCCUGCUGGAGCCCACUCUGGCCCAAACGCUGACCUGCCUGAUGCGAGUCUUCCCCCACGCAGAGCUCCUGCACAGGGAACACACACACGACACUGACAAUCAUCUGUUGGUGGAGGACUCGUACAGUGAGGACGAGGAAUGUCUUGGUGCUCCUUCCAUUUAUGAAGCUCAGUCAGGAUUGCUGAAGGAAGCAGCUUCCUGCACGACCCAUAAACCCUUUCUCCACUUUACCACUUCUGCCUACCAGCAGCCCACCUCUUACCGGCCACGGCUGCUGCUGUCGGGACCCCAGGGUGCGGGGCAGAGCACACACCUGGCCCCUGCUGUGCUGCACCACCUGGAGAAGUUCACUGUGCACCGUCUCGACCUACCCACGCUAUACUCCGUCAGUGCCAAAACCCCAGAGGAGUCCUGUGCCCAGGUGUUUCGUGAGGCUCGGCGCUGUGUACCCAGCAUCAUCUACAUGCCUCACAUCAGUGACUGGUGGGAAGCCAUCAGUGAGAUGGUCAAGAGCAGCUUCCUCACACUCCUGCAGGAUGUACCCUCAUUCACACCGCUCCUCAUCCUCGCCACAGCAGAGACAGUCUACCAGCAGCUCCCAGACGAGCUAAAAUGCAUCUUCAGCCGUUCGUACGGGGAGGUGGUUUGUUUAAGCAUGCCAGGAGAAGAAGCACGCAGGAAGUUUUUUUCAGACCUCAUUCUGGUGCAGGCAGCCAAGGCACCACCCCGCAGGAGGAAAAUGGUGAGGUCUCUGGAGGUGCUGACCCUCGCUGAAGACCCCGGCCCUCGGCAGCUCUCACCAGAGGAGCAGCGGCGACUGGAGGAGCAGGAGGAGAACACCUUGCGCGAGCUCCGCCUCUUUCUCAGGGACGUCACAAAGCGGCUCGCCACCGACAAGCGCUUCCAGAUCUUCAGCAAACCUGUGGACAUUGAGGAGGUUUCAGACUACCUCGAGGUUAUCAAACAGCCUAUGGACCUGUCCAGCAUCAUGAUGAAGAUCGACACUCACAAAUACACGGUCGCCAAGGAUUUUCUAGUGGACAUUGACCUCAUUUGCAGCAAUGCGUUAGAGUACAAUCCAGACAAGGAUCCUGGAGAUAAAAUCAUCCGCCACAGGGCCUGCAGUCUGAAGGAUACUGCGCACGCCAUGAUCGCCUCUGAACUGGACCCCGAGUUUGACCGCACAUGCGAGGAGAUCAAGGAGUCCCGCAGGAAGAGAGCCUCUCAGACCACACCACAGCCACCCAUCACUCCGAGCGCUGUGGCAACCAGGAAACCUGUGGGAGAGGAGGCGGGAUUAAGCAGUUCUCAGGGUGAUGGAGUGGACAAGCUCUGCAGCAAUAACAUAAAGCGCAAGUUGCGGCGGCGACCUAUUUGGGGGCGGGGCAUCAUCAGGAAGAAAAAGAUCUAUAAAAAGGAGGAAGCGGAGGAAGAUGAUGAACCAGAAGAGGAGGAGGGAGUGGACGACUCUGCUGUAAUGGUGCAAGGUGACGCUUGUCUCACCCAGGACGAGUCAUCCUGUGAUGCCAUGGAGCUCCAUCCUGACAAGCAAUCACUCCAGGCCAACGGACACGUCCUCUCGACGGAGGAGGAGAAUUCCUCUGAGCCGACGGCCACUCAGGACCCUCAGGGCAAGAAGGAGCCCAUCAAGGCCCCAUCAGAGGAGCCUUCCAGCAGUAAGGAGGCCACAACAGUCCCCGCUCCUCAAGAGUGUGUGAAUGGAAAUGAAUCUAUGGACAGUGUGUACAGUGAGGCUCUUGAUAAAGAAACCGAGGUUGACUCUAUUAAUAAAGAUGCACUUGAAGCAGAGCAUAAGGAGCCUUCUGGCCCAGAAUGCAGUGCAGAGGAGAAUGUGACAGCAGCGGAGGGGACGGCAUCUGAUGGCGACCAUGAAACAGAAGGUUCAUCAAAAGGGAAGAAAAAGUCAGACGAGUUGGCCGUCGGACUCGAGGAGACUGUGGAACUUCCACCACCUCCGGCUAUCGUGGUUGACCACCAGCGACUCGAGGCUCUGUUGGAAAAGGUGGCUGUGAAAAGUGACGGCUUCAGUGUGGAUCAUCUGGAGAGAGUUUACUCCGUGCUCAGCCAGUGUGUUUACCAGCACCGCAGAGACUACGACAAGACCCGUCUGAUAGAGGCGAUGGAAAGGCAAGUUGAACAUUUCGAAACAUUCCUGUGAUGAAUAGAGGGCUUUCAGAGAGAAACUUGAUCGGAGACUCUUUUGAUACAAGAGGGAGAGGCCGGCGUUCUGAGCCAAGUCCUUAACGUGGAGCAGGUCUGGACGCCUCGGUCUCAAAUAACAGCAGGAAGGGAAAAAAAUAAAGGUGCAGACAUUAGAAACAAAGGCUUACAAAGGCGACCUUGGUGCUAUCAUCUCAGGUACCUGAAACAGAACCAGUCUACAGAACCAAACACAAAAACUCCUGGAGGUUUCCUUUUUAUUCGUUUUGUUUUUUGUAAACUCACAUACAUGCCAGUUGCCGACGAUCAUUCUUGGUGCUAUUGGGUGCUAUUGUUUUUUGUUUUUCUUUUCUUUUUGUUGUUGUCUGCUGCUCCUUGUUCUCAUAGAUAAGCAAACAAAACACAAACAAACAAACAGUACAAAAUAAAAGAUUGUGUGAUGUCACAAAGCAACCUCAGCCUCCGUCUUCUGGAAGCAAACACACACACAUACACACAGAUUCUCACCAGCAGUGGCAAACUGUAUACGGACAGUGUGAUGCCCUACAGCGCGAGUCAGCUGGUCAUUUACUGUGGAAAUAAACUACAUCGCCCUCUUUCUACAUCCACCCUGAUGUCACCCUUUGUCACCAUUGGGAUUAUCAACACUUUUUAGCCACAUAGAAAUACUCUUGCUGGAAAAAAAAACAAAACAAAAAAAAACAAGUUUUUGUAGGGACGUCUAGAGUUGUUUUCUACUUGGUGUUAAUUGUAAGAUUUGCAAGGCCUCUGUAUUGUAAACCAACUUUUCCUUGUGACAAAUGAGACUGUGUUCUCCUUAUUUAGACUAUAAUGUUUGCAGAAAACCAACGAAAAACAGACAGAUUUUGGUUCAAAUUUUAGGAGAGGAAUGGUAUUAUUUUAGACCCAUCGCAUAUUUUCCCCCCUUGGAAUAGUUGAAUUUUUUGGCUUUUUUCUGGUUUAACUUGAUUUACGAGUAGAUAUCUGAAGAUUGCACUGCCUAGCAUGUGCCUUAACCUUUGAAAUAGGCUAAAAACAUAACUGAAUAUUGACUAUAAAUGUUAAUGGACAAGCCACGGGGCUACAAACCGAUAAAAAUAUGUGGCGUAUGUUGUAGUUAACUGUUUGCCAAUCUCCUCUCGAGUCACCGAGCAACAUCUUCAUGGUUUGUGAGUCAGGUUGCUCCAUACAUUGUGGCUUUCUUUUGCCAUCCAUUUUUAUUGUAACAUAACAUAUUUGGAGUAAAAAUAAGUGAUGUUUUGGAAGUUAAAGUGGCAGUCUAGGCAGUGCUGAAUUUUUUUUAACCUAAAGCAUUUUUUGUUGUAUUUUUUUUUUUUUUUUAUAUAUAUAUAUUUUUGUUUGACCUUUUAGUGUUUCUAUUGUAUUCACUUGUACUGUCUAAUAUUGUUAGCUGUCGCAUUAAUAACUUGAUUUCUGUCAAUUUUGGCAUUCUCUAAGUAGCAUUAACCGAGCUCUCCCUCUCAUGCUUUCAUUAACUCCGCUUUCAUCGCUUUAUAAAGAACGUUGAUCCAAGUUCAAGAGUCUUCGCAACCUUGUCUAGGAUUCGGUGCUAUAAAAACAGAAAAAAAAGGGGGGAAAAAAAACUUUUUUUAAGACAUAUGCAAAAGAAAGGGAAAAAAAAAAAAAAAAAAACCUAGGAGUUAGCUGUUAGCUUUGGACUACUGCAGUGCGUGUGAGAGACAGAACCGCAGCUACCUCAGCAAGUUGUUUUCAUGCGAAGAGACAAAAGUAAUGACCUGUUUACUUACAAACAGUAUUUGUUGACCUCUAUAAUAUCACUGCACCCGUCAGAAAUUCAAGCUAAGGUACUGGAUCACCUCUCCGACAUGAGCGCGUCAUGUGGCUGCUGCAGUAAUCCUUGGGUUUGUUCGCAUUUUCGCGUUAUAUUUCAUUUUUUGGGGGUUGUUCUGCAUUUGAGCCAAGAAAAGAAAUGGCAUUGUAAUAUCGCUGAAAUGUUAUAUACUGUAUAUUUCAGUUCUUCUACAUGUGCAUCCCAUGAUUUACAGUUUAUUGGCCAUGUUUGUGAAACGCUUGCUUUCUGCAGUCCAUUUCAUGAUCGUUUUUGAUUUCGCAGUCGCAUUUUCCUCCGUGCUAUUGCCUGUCCAUUUGUUAUUUAUUAAAUUAUUAAACGUCGUCAUAUGCUCAACAUAUUGUUCAACCGAAACUAAUUGGAAAAGUUGUUACAUGAAAUUUGUGCCGAGACACGAUGUAGCAAAUUUUUGUAGCAGGUGUUGCACGACGUUCAGAAACGGGGUUUACUGGUCUCAGGUCUCUGCUACAUUAAUAUUUAUUCCAUAAGGGUGGAGAUGAUGGUGGUUAUGCUUCUUUUUCAUUUUUAAAAGUUACCGUAGAGGAUGAGGGGGAGGUUCAUGAGGCUAAUGUGCAUUUUCGGGUCCCUCUUCGUCACCUGUAGUACCAUCGACAUGCUUAACUGGUGUAGAGUUGAAGAAACUACUGUAAUGCUGACCACUUGUACUUCUCACAAAUUUAUCUGGGGAAAAAUGAGCUUUAGUUGAUGCCAAUUCAUAUAGCCUAAGACAUACCCUAUUUUUCAUACCAUAGUGUAAUUGGCCCUGAAUCGAAAAAUCAAACCUAGGUCAGUAUGUAAUGUGUAAAAUGAAAUUUCACAUUUAUCAGCACCACUAAUACAUUUUUUAGAAUAUUAACUCUUAAAUCCUGCAUUAAAAAUUUUACAAUGUGGGCAUGAAAGUCUAUGUAGUUCUAUGUGUUUUGACUACAAGUUAAAGUUCAUUAUCUUUAGUUGACCAGAAUGAGUCUAAUUCAGAUUAUUUGACUGACGGUAGGAAGUCCAUAGAACGAUAGCAUUUUGCUUUAGGUAGGUAAAUAAAACUCACUAAACUCAGUUGUUUUUGGUGUAAAAGUCCAGGAGUUUCUCAAGUCGGUGCUCAGUGUUGGAGUUUUUUUUUUGUUGUUGUUGUUGUUGUGGCAACCAAUGGUUUGUUUAGUUAAUCCUAUGUAAUCAGUAGAUUUAUACCCCUUAAUGAUUAACAAGGUUGAGGCAAUUUUAUUUUUGAGUAAUACCAGAAUUUGUGUCCCUUCUUACUACUAUGAAGCAAAUGAAAACCACACAUAUUGUUCUGUCCUUCCCUGCAGUCCUUCUUUUGUGAAAUGAUAUAUUUACUGUAAUUUCUGAAAUAAACUGCUGUGAUAUACUUGAAUAAAAGGUGCAAAUUGAA